AUGGGCUUCUCUGUCCUCACAGAAGCUAACUCAAGGAACAGUGAGAAGAUGUGGUCUGCUUAUGCAACUCUCAUGUUUUUAUUCCUGAACCUCUUUACUUUUAUAUUGGCUCCAAAUCCAGGGUCAUCUACAGAUAUAAAUGAAAACUACCCUCCAUUUUGGGAUGAGGUCAGUGGAAAUAUAGAAGAUUUUCCAGUAGAAAAUAACAAGAUCAUCAUUAAUAUCUUGGAUUAUAUGGAUCAACUACGGAUGUAUAAGAUUCUUAUAACACAAACAAACAAAUACUUUGUACAGUUUGAAUCAAAUUAUACAGGGAAUGUACUCUGGGCUCUUACCUUAACUUUUGGAAAGUUAUUCACAACAGGAAGAUAUUCAGACCCUUCCAAUAUUUCUACAAGUGCAUAUACUGCUCAAAUUCCUCUGUUCCUAUCACCAGAGAGUGGCUGGUUUGACACUUUGAUUAUUGCAGGCAUUAGCGCUGUUGUGGUCGCUAUGAAUUUCUUCGCUUCAGUUGACUCAGGUGUUUUGGAGGAUUUAGGACGUCAGAUAGCUCUAGUAACUCCAGGAGGAAAAAUGCCUGACUUCUGUUAUUCUAUUGAAGAAUGCAAUUUAACAGAUGAAUUUGCUUUGGAGGCAGCCAUAACUCUGUACAAGUAUCUGAAGUCCAGGAAGCCAGUGUCUAUGCUUGGAGAUGCUUCUGUGUAUGACACAGAUGAAAGCACAGCAACCCUUCUAAUGUGGAAGGCCCAUCGUGCAGCUGUCAAUUAUGGAUUAUCAAAGUUCAGUGAUGUGUCACGGUUUUCUUCACUUUCUGAGAGAAAAUUUGCCCUCGACUUUCUAACAACCAUGGAGUUUUGUGAGGCCACAAUAUACCCUUCAGAUUUUAAUAGUUCAGAAGAAUUCUUUGUAGGUUUCCCACACAGGCUACUCAAAGAUGGAGAGGAUCCAGUUCUGAAAACGGACUUCAGCCUACGGGAAAAAGCAUUUUAUGCUUCAGUACAGCUCUUUUCUAAGCUAAAUAAAAUCACAGGUGGCCUAUUUUUAUUCAUUUGGAAGAAGAUUAUGAUUUCUUCAGAGAAAAGUCGUGUUUUAGGACGUCUUAUCAUUAAUCGGAUGCUCUUAGAACCCAUUUUUCACUAG